UUCAAAGAAGAGGUUGAUAACUCUGAUAAAAAUGCCAGCAAUGGAAAAAAGAUUACAGACACCAAAGAAUCUUCGUGUCAAACAGAAUUUGACGAAAUAUUGCGGCGACAAAUGGAGGAAUUUGAAGACGAACUGGAACAAGUGAGAGAGACAAUGGAGAAAGAAUUUGCUGAAGAGAAAGAAGACUUUGAAAAGAGAGUGAGGAAUGAGUAUAAUGAGAUCAUUAAAGCUAAAGACGAGCUUAUUAGAGUUCUUACAGAGGAAAAAGACUUCUUUCGGAACGAACUUUGUGAUCUGAGGAGAUCAUUCGACCUUUUCACUAGACACGUUCAUCGCGAUGCAUUCCAUCACCUGGGCUUGCGAAACGAGAACGAAAUCCCUGACACCAUUACAAAGUCAACAGCGAAUGGAACUGCAAGCAGUUGCUGUAACAACGUCUUUAAUAUAGCGGACAACAGGGAACUUUUGACUCUCCUGCGGAAACAAGAAGAAAUCUUGUUAGGAUCGUUUGAGAGAGAAAAAGCUGCGAUGUCAGAAAGGUUUCAGCAGGACAAAGCCUCCUUGCGCAAAGUCGUGGAAGACGAAUGUGAAUUGAAGUACUCUUUUGAGCGAGCUUAUCUGCUGCAGAGCAUUGAAGUCCUCAAAGAAGGUCUUGAUAGUUUGAGAAUUCAAAAACAUGAACUUGCGAAAAUUUUCGCAGGGGAAAAGAAUGCCAUGGAGCUCAGCUUUAAACGAAAGGAAGAUGAACUGUGGCGGCAAUUGAAACUAGAACUUCAGCGGAAAAUGAUUCUUGCUCAAAAACAAUGGGCCCGCACUAAAAUUUAA